UUUUCCAAUCAUAUGCAUAAAAGCCGGCGGAGCGUGAUAACACACGUGCAUGUUCACUGUACCGUAUCGAGUAUGCCACGUAGACAACGCGAUAUGUACAUUGACUUUAAAGACAAGUAGCAACACAGCCACACUAGUAGAUCAAAGUCUUCCAUUUGAAGGCAUAAAACUUUGCCUGUGGUCAAGAGUUUCUCUCAUUCCAUCCUCAGCACGUGAACACCAUGGCUUGCAAACUCCAUAUGAACUCUGUUGCCUAUGCUUCAACAGUAUUUGGCAACAAAUUGACAGCAUCUGUGUUCCAGUUCUAUUACGUCAAGCUGUUUCUGAACCACUAUCAUAUAUCCGAUUCCUGGUUUUCAUUUGCCCAAGUGGUGUAUCUUGUCUGGAAUGCGGUAAAUGAUCCCCUGUUUGCCUACUGGCAGGACAACUCCCAGAUAAGAAUUUUCCGCAGCCGGAGACUGGCUGUCAUGUAUGGAGCUCCACUCUUUAGCAUCUGUUUUCUGUUGCCAUGGUUUCCAUGGGGAAAUUACCAUGACAACAGCUGGCUUGUGGGUGUCCAUCUGAUGGUGUCACUUUGCGCAUAUGAUACAUUGUACACAUUUGUGUUGUUGGCUCUUGGCGCGAUGUACGCCGAGAUUUCUUCCAAGCAUGAGGACCGUCUGCGCCUCACCAAGUACUGCCAGGUUGCAUCUUUUCUCGGAGCCACAAGUGUCAUGGGUGCAGAAUUUGUCUCUUCCAGCCUGGAGAACUUCAGAGCAUUCCAAAUGUUUUGCCUAGUGCUUGCACUUGUUAGCUGGCUAGCCAUGCAUUAUACUGGUCGAAAUGUUGUAACCAUGUACGACGACAUACAGGUUGAUGAUGCUUCAUUUGAAGCCAGUGAUUCAGCGAGCUCUUCUUCAUCAACCAGUCUCAGGGUCUGGACCCAAUUCAAGCAAAUCGUCUGUGAGAGGAAUUUCCUCUCCUUUGUAACAGUAAACUUCUGUCAGGUGUUUCACGUUACAUAUGAAGCCAAUUUUCUGGCCAUUUUUGCCGACCAGCUCAUCCCUUCAACUGACCUUCCCCCGCUAGUCAGGAGGGUGUUGUAUGGAUCUGCGUUUGUUUUUCCUCAGGUGCUAGUACUGACGUUAGGCCCAGUGGCAGGGACAUUCGGUUACUACAAGCUCAUGCUGUUCUCAUUUGUCCUCAAGACUGUCAGCGGUGUCGCCAUGUUUGCGAUUGGACAAACUCAUACCUGGAUCCUGGCUUGCUUCUUCCUCAUUGACAUAUGUGUUCCCGAAGCUAUGGGUGCCUUUGUUAUUCUCCCCCUGUCAGAUAUCAUUGAUAAUGAUAAACACAGAUAUAAUAGAAGAACUCCAAUCUCUUCCAGCGUGUUUGGUUACAAUGCAUUGUUCACCAAAGCUGCCAUUUCCUUUGCUCCGAUGUUAAUUCUGAACAUACUGAACCAAUAUGGGUACCAGACUCUGAUGCUGCCAGACAAGUCACUCGGUCACCAUGCCAACCAAGAAUCAGUUGGGCAACUACAUCAAGCCAUGUUUGUAGUUGCCUGUUGGAUCCCUGUCUUCAUUGGCUGUUUCCAGACACUAGUGUGGUCCACAUGUUUUUCUAUCAGGGACAGUCAUAUUGUCAUACCAAAACAUAUUGAGUCAUGAUGAAAGUUGCUCAGAGGUUUUGAAAUUUUGUGCUCCAUUCAUCAUUAUAAAUAGAGCUUAUUUUGAGUGAAUUAUCCUUUACCAUGCUAGAUUCAAGAACAUCAGCGUGUAAGAGUUGCUGAAUUUCUGUUGGAGUUUGUUUGAUCAGAGCAAGAUCAAAAGGCUGUUGGAUGCCCUUGCUUCAGUAGGCUUCACUGUUAGAUUCAGGCUGUUAGAUUCUGGUUUUGGACAAAUAUCUACAUGUAUGUAGUAGAGAAAACUAUUCCAAAACAAACUAAAGUAUCAUCAUUCUUCAAAAAGUCUGAAUAACAUGAUUUCUUCAGAGUUAGUUACUAACGAUUGCUUCAGUGGAAGUUUCCUGUUUAAUGGAACUUAAAGUGUGUGUUUUUAAAUUGGUUCACACUCAUAUGUUUCAUAUUAUUAUGGCUGUUUCCUGGUCCUUAAUACAUCAGUAAACCAUCAUGAUUCAGAAAAAAUCAUUUCUUAAUCAGUGAAUCUUACUAUGAAUUCCUAAGAAAUGCCAAGACAAAAAUGAUCAGAAUGAAAUAUAGUACAUAGUAUUAUAAUAGGAUGUGUUCUGAAUAUAAUCUGAAUAUGUGAUAAUCAUGUGACUUUCACUCUUAUAUUUUACAGAUUUUUCAUUGAGAGAAAUAUGCAAACUUCGGUGUUGAUACUUAUUAUUAGUAUAUAAAUAUUUCAAUAGUUUGCUGCCAUACUCUUAGAGUCAGAUAUUUAUACCUAAUUGCAGUUUACAUAAUUAUAAUAUCAGAGCAUGAUCACCUUAUAUUUUCAUAUACCCCAACAGAAAACAACUGCUUUUUAAAACAAUAUGAAAUUCUCUGAAACUGAAAUAUGGAAGAUGUUUACCGCUGUCUUUCAAAGGAUUAUACUACAUUUAAAUGUUAACUUAAGUCAUAUCUUCUGUUAAUAUUUUACCUUCUAAUUUGUGUUAACACAUCCUUUUUGUCCUGAUUUCGCGCUACAUAUUCCAUUGUUUUCCAUAUCUGUAUUUACCAUUUGUACACAACACUGUAGAUCCUAAAAUGCUUCCUUACUUGUUUUUAUUUUGCAUCUCCCACUGGUUACUUUUAUUGUAGUGUUUCAUGGUGUGUUGUGUUGUUCAUGACAUGCCUUACAAAAGCUAUUUCUUUGAAGGUUUUGCCACCUCUUGUUGGUUUGAAAUUCUCAUUUGUAGUCUUUCAUACUUUCUGAUUCAGCCCACCAUGAACAUCAGGAAAUCAAUGGUACACACAUGCUUUAAAAUACUGAAGAAAUAGAAAUAUUAGGAAUGCAGUUUUCAAAUGUAAAUACAUGUUUUAUGCGGUUUAAAGAAACCGCAUUUUUUAAAAGAUGUACUGAAUGCUUUUGCAAGAUUACUUCUUGCACAAAUGCACUAGAGAAUCUUCUGCCAGGAAAAAUAAAUACAAGUACGAUAUUUUGUAAUAAAUCUGAUAUAAUAAGUGUUUUCUUCUUUCUUUAUAAAAUCCCACUGGUGCUUUUACGUAUUUUUUUGUUUAUUCAUACUGAAGGGGUAAUAGGAUAGAGAAACAGUAAUCUUUAUUUUUGGGCAAAGUUUCAUUUGAUGGUUUCGCUUUGGCUUUACAUUUUGUAACUGUUUCCCACUGAAAUGCAUGUCCAAAUUCAGCUCAGUUUCGUCACAUUACAUUUAUUUCCUCCUCGUGGCCAGCAACAAUGCGUGUGAUAUUGGGCCAUUAGAGGUGGCAAAACCUGGAAAGCAGUUAAAGUUUGUUUCAGACAUGCCAUUAUAUGAAACAAACGAAACAGUACAAAAGAAAUGACAAAACACAGAAAACAUUACGCGUGUACAAAAUGAGCAUCAAAUAAAAAUAAUAAUAAAUGAGAGGGCUUGUUUACUGAAAGGUUUUAUAUUUGUUGUCAGAGGUCUUUGUCCAUAUUAGAGAAACCGGAUGAAUGGAUUGCUUUACUUGACAUUACGUGAGAAACUUUUUAAGUUACAAUGCAAAUAUCAGCAAGAACAAAUGGAUCCCCUAAGCUGUGAAAGAUCUCAACUAGAAAAUCCAAGUAUAAAC